GCUCGCCAUCGGUUUUUGGUCCAGAUAUCCGCCGCUUUUGUCAACUUCACAGCCCUUCUUUCGAGUAUCUAGCAGAGCAAAGCCCCACUAUAUAGCUAUGAGUCAAAUACCGCGGCAACGACGGGCCCCACAGUCGCCGCCACUGAAAAUGAGCGCCCGCAACUCUCCUGGCGCAAAGCAUUUCCACCGUCUGUCCGCAGCCACCACAGCAUCAUUUUCGACAACGUCACCCCAUCCAAGCUCGCCCGCCCGCUACUCUCCCCUAGACUCUAGUCGCCGCCAGCAGCAACCACUUUCUCAGCAGCGGUUCCCGCAGACAGAGAUCUCGACCGAAAUCGAGGGUCUGUCCGGCACCGCGGCAGUGGGUCAGGUCCAGCCUAUAGUUGAUGCCCAUGACGCUAUUUGGACUGACCUUGAAAUCAUGGACGACAUUGAAAAACGAGCCGAUCAAGUUGGCCAGGAGGGAAAUUUCUUUGGAAAGGAACACGUAGCUGCCUUGGAGGAUCUACAAGCACUUCAGAUAGAACUAGCAGCUUCUCUCGAGGCAUCCGCAAAUGUCGUCGAUCCCAUGGCUGAUCCGGCCAAGCUUUGGGAAAUCAGCGACACUGAUAUUAAUCUUGAGACCAUCGCGAAUGUUUUCAAUGCUGAAAACUUUGAGAUUGUUCAAAAAGGUAUCGAUGUUGUGAUGGAAAAGCUCGACAAAGUGGUUGAUUCUAUGAACGUUUUAGAGGGUCAAAGCAGAGAUCUAUGGAACGAGACAGAGCAAGAUCAUACCGUAUCAUAGUCCGUCCAGUUCUCAAAGGUUUUCUUAUGAGUAUUACGACUUUCCUCGGAGUUCAUCGGUGGCAUUGGAGUUUUUUGUUUGCUUUUACAUAAUACGUUUGAUAGAGAAAGAA